AAAAAAGGGGCGGGAGAAGCGAGAGGUCACGGAACAGUUGCAUGCUGGGAACACACGUGUAGCAGAGACCAGAGAGGCACUACUGAGGUGACACUUUGAGUUUGACAUCAUGUCGUCAAAAAAGAGCCAGGGCGCUGAUGAGCGUUUCCUCCGCGUGCAGAAGGAUCCCAGGUUUUGGGAAAUGCCCGAGAGAGAGCGCAAGAUCAAGAUCGACAAACGUUUCCAGUCCAUGUUUCACGACAAACGCUUCAAGGUGAAGUACACGGUGGACAAGAGAGGACGUCCCAUCAACCACACCUCCACAGAGGACCUGAAGCGCUUCUACAAAGUGUCCGACUCGGAGGACGAGGAGGACGAGGAGGAGGAUGUAAAGAGUAAGAAGGCAGCGGAGGGGAAGAAGAAGAAGAAAGUGAAGGAGAAGCUGGUGAAAGCUGACGGAGAGGUGAAGAAAAAAGAAGAGUCUACGGAGCGAGGAGUCCGAGUCGUUGAAGAGGACGAUGAAGAUGAAGAGGAGAAAUCUGCAGAGAAGGAGGACGUCGACUUGGGAGACAGAGUCGCCGACAGCAGUGAGGAGGAGGAUGAUGAUGAUGAUGAUGCAGAAGACGGGAGCGAUGAGGCGAGCGGCUCAGACUCGGAGGCGGAGUCCGGGCUGGACUCGGAUGAGGACAGUGACAGCGGGCCGGAUUUGGCCAGAGGGAAGGGAAACGUUGAGACGAGCUCAGACGAGGACGAUGAAGACGAGGUGGACGCCCUCCUAAAGAAGGAGGAAGAGGAGAUCGAACACGACUGGGGCGAGCUGUGUAAGGACGCUCCGCGGAGUGACGAGGUUUCUGCCCGGCUGGCCGUCUGUAACAUGGACUGGGACCGGAUGAAAGCCAAAGACCUGCUCGCUCUGUUCAACUCCUUCCUCCCCAAAGGAGGAGCCGUGCUGUCGGUCAAGGUAUACCCGUCAGAGUUUGGAAAGGAGCGUGUGAAGUCAGAGGAGACCCAGGGACCGCUGGAGCUGAGAGCUCUGCCCGACGACUCGGACAACGACACUGAGGAGGAGAAGGUUUACAGGGAGAAGAUGCGGGAUUACCAGUUCAAGCGUCUGAAGUAUUACUACGCCGUUGUGGAGUGUGACUCUGUCGACACGGCGGCUAAGAUCUACGAAGAGUGUGACGGCUACGAGUACGAGAGCAGCUGCUCGGUCCUCGACCUGCGGUUUAUUCCUGAUGACGUCCAGUUCGACGAGGAGCCCAAAGACGUGGCGACGGACGUGAAUCUGUCGGCUUACACGCCAAAAGUGUUCACCUCAUCAGCCACCACAACGUCAAAAGUUCAGCUGACGUGGGAUGAGACGGACCACGAUCGAGUGACCGCCAUGAACAGAAAGUUCAACAAAGAGGAGCUUCUGGACAUGGAUUUCAACGCCUACCUGGCCUCCUCCAGUGACGAAGAAGAAGAAUCUGAAGAGGAGAGAGAGGAAGGAGGGUUUGAGUUUGGAGAGCAGGAGAACGAAGAAGACAACGAGGACGACAACGCGACAGACGCCAAACAGACUGAAGAGCCGGUCUUGAAGGUGGAGAAGAAACCCCAGAAAGAGGACGAGAAGAAGAAAAAGAAGAAGAAGAAGAGCGGCGAGGAGCAGAUCUCCAAGUACCGAGAGCUGCUCAAAGGAAUCCAGGACAAAGAGAAGAAGCUGCAGGAGGACAAAGACAUGGAGAUGGAGAUCACCUGGGUGCCAGGUCUGAGGGAGACGACGGAGCAGCUGGUGAAGAAGAAGAUGGAGGGGAAGGACAACCUGACGCCGUGGGAGGAGUUUUUAGAGAAGAAGAAAGACAAGAAGAAGCAGAAGAAAAGUCAGAGGAAACAGGGAGAGAGUGACGAUGAGCUCAGUGAGGACGAGCUUCCUCCAGACGUCGAUCUCAGCGACCCCUUCUUUGCAGAGGAGCUCGCUGCUUCAGACGUGAAGAAGCAACAGAAGAAGAAGAAGAAGAAGAAAGGGGAGGAGGAGGAGCGCACCGCUGAGGAGGAAGAAGAGCUGGAGAAACAAAAGGCGGAGAUGGCCCUGCUGAUGGAGGACGAGGGCGACGAAGCCAAACACAAACACUUUAAUUACGAUAAGAUCGUGGAGCAGCAGAAUCUGAGCCAGAAGAAGAAGAAGAAGCUGCUGAAGAAGAAGGGGGAGGAGCCUCAGCAGGAAGACCAAUUCCAGGUGGAUGUGAAGGACCCUCGUUUCCAGGCCAUGUUCACCUCCCACCUGUUCAACCUGGACCCCUCCCACCCCAGCUACAAGAAGACCAACGCCACGCAGAGCAUCCUGACGGAGAAGCAGCGCCGCAGAGACGAGGAGCAGCGGCGCCUGGAGGACGGGCUCAGAGAUCAGGGGGAGGGAGCCGACAGGAAGCAGGUGGCGGGGAAGAAACGGGAAAAGGACCGUGACGCGGCGGCGGCGGUCGAGGUCACGUCGAAGAAAGCGAUGGACCCGAGUCUGUCUCUGCUCGUCAAGUCGAUUAAAAGCAAAACGGAGCAGUUUCAGGCUCGCAAGAAACAGAAACUGGUGUAGGUGGAACUCUCAACACAAAACUGUGCAGACCGGCAGAGACUGGGAGAAGUCCCAGCCUGCAGGAACAGUUUCUCCUGAUGAACUCUACUUCCUGUUUGAUGUUUUUAUACAGAAAGAAACGCCACAAAGUAGAAGAAGGUGCAGGACAAAGUGAAUGGUGCUGCAUCACAUGCUGUGAGAAUGUUUUAUUUGGACAGUUUCUUCACACAGAACUCUUAAAGAAGCCCUGCAGUUAUUUUCAAACACAUGAAGAAGAAGAGAGCGACGCCCUGGACCUCAAGAAACACGUUCACCAUCACGACACCGAGGUUUUUACUUUAGUAAAUCACUUUUGACAUUUCAGCUUUCUUUGGGGGAGAUUGUUCCUCCAGCAGCUGUGAGCUGAUGUUUCUGUUAGCUGUCAGUGUCUUACCCCGUUCCCACGUACUCCAAGAGCGCCACGGUCGGUCAACGCCGUGCACUACACCGCAGCUCACCGCCACUCUACUCAAUGAUCGUGUUUCCACAGCGAGCGCCGUAGUCGGUCAGCGGCGUGCACGGAGUGUGUGUAAAUUGGGAGUAACAGUGACGCUGUUUCUAAAGUGGUGAAAAGUUUUCUUUCUUUAAAUGAAUGUUUCUUUGGUAACUCGAGUUCCAAUAAAGAGAAGUUUGUGAUGUGAA